AAAAAGACCCAUUUUGCUUUUUAAAUAAUAAUAAUUACCAAAAGUGCAAUCUCCUUCUUUUUGUCAAUAUGUUUCCACAAUGCCACAAAAAAUGGGCCUCAAAGCAACAGCAUCAUCAGCCAUCAAUGGCGGCAAUUCCAUCAUUAAAAUAGUAAUUGAAGAAACCCCAUUCAUAUCACAUGGACCCUCCUCCUGUUCCUCUGGCGUUUUUGACCAUUUUCUGAUUUUCAUCAAUCAAUGCAAUGCAAUCGACUGGGAAUGCAAUUUUUUUUCUCUUUGUUUCGAGUUGUGUUGAUGGAGAUUGCUAUUUUUGGAUCUUGAGAAAGCUUCUGGGAAGUUUGAAGUAAGAAGUAAUUCUAUAGCUAGGUUUAUUCUGUUCAUAUCCUUGCUUGUUUGACUUCUGAGAAAAUGAAGAAUAUAAUCUUGAUUUCAAGCCAUUGAACUUUUGAGGUUCUUCUUCUCGUUCUGACUACAAAAUGAUAUUGAUUCACUUCAGUUUUCUUAAUGCUUUGCUUCAUUUGUGCAUCUUGAGCAUGCUUUGCUGAACUCUUGUUUGUUGUUACUCCUUCUAUUUCAACUUCUUUUUCUUAUUUUUUCUGUUUUUAAACUUGUUUGGCCACUGAUGAAAUGGGAAGUAAAAUUAUGACUGUUUGUUUUCUCACCAUUUCUUUGCUUCAUUCUUGCAUCUUCAGCAAGUUUUGUUGAAGUCUGGGAGGAUGUUUGUGAGAAGUAAAUCCUCUGCUACUCAUUUGGUUUCAGCUCCAUUUUUCUCACAGCUGUUUUUGAACUUGUUUGGCUACUGAGAAAAUGAGAAGUAAAAUCUUAAUUUGCACUCAUUUAGGCCCAUUUGAUUACCACUUAGUUUGUGAAAGUAAGACUACAAACAUCAGUUCUACUUAUUAGUUUCUUUUUUUUUUCCUGGUGUUGUCUACUUUUCAAGAGUUUUCAAAAUAUAAGCUCAGUUAUGAAAACUAAAAAUGGUAGUUUUUUAGUUUUGAGAAUCGUAUUAAGAAUUAAAAUAUUUACUCAAAAGAAAGAUGUAAACUAUGCUUAAAGUUAUGGAAAAAAUAAGAACAAUUAUAAACAAUAUAAAACCAAAAAGGGCUUAACAUUUUUGGGAAUCAAGUAGACUUGUAGCUAGAGUAAUAAAUUCACAACUUUGCUAUUUCAACAUGUUCUUUAUUUUCCCUAUCCUUGGUGUUUCUUUGUUUUGUUGUGUACUUUCUUAGUUUAAUUGUUUCUAUACAAAAGCUAAAAACAUACAAAAUAAUUUAUGGUAAAGCCAACAUAAAUUGGAAAAAUGGAAAAUUAAAAUGAAAUUGUCAUUGAAUGAGACAUUUUUUGUUCUUCUGACUGAUUGAACCAAUGAUAUGGGUUCACUUGGGUUUUAUUUUGCUUUGAGUCUGUAGAUUUAGAUGACCACUAUUUUUGCAUCUUAAGCAUGAUUGUCUCAGGCCUGGAAGACUAGCAGUUAAUGUAAUAGUAAAUUCAUUGCUAAUCUUUCUUUCUUCUCUCCUCCCAUCAGUUUCUGGUCCUUUUGGCUAUUGAUAAAAUGGGAAGUAAACCUCAAUUCAUUUCAGUAUUUUAUGUCACCACGUAUUGGUUUUGAUUCGUUCUCUUCUUGCUAUUUUCUCUGAUCAUGAAGAUGCAACUAGCAAUUGAAGCAAAGAGAACUGUCAAAUCAUUCUCUUGGUGCUAACUCAUUCUUGCUUAAAAAGCCUCGAGUUUCGGUUGAAAAUGGGCUUCAAAAGGGACCUGGAGCAUGUCGUCUUCAUUUUCUCUGCAGUUUUCUGGUUUGCAGCAACUUUUUCUCCGGUCAUGUCAGAGCCGAUCAAAGACAAGGAAGCUUUGCUUGAUUUUAUUAACAAGAUGGAUCACUCACACGCGAUCAAUUGGAAAAAGAGCACUGCUUUGUGCAAAGAGUGGAUUGGAGUUCAAUGCAACAAUGCCGAAUCUCAAGUUGUAGGUUUGCGAUUGGCUGAAGUUGGCUUACAUGGUUCGAUCCCAGUGAACACUCUUGGUCGACUAUCGGGACUUGAAACUCUGAGCCUAGUAUCAAAUUACAUAUCAGGGUCUUUCCCUUUUGACUUCCAAAAACUGAGAAAUCUCAACUCACUUUACUUGGAGAACAACAGGUUUUCUGGUCCAUUGCCAUUGGAUUUCUCAGUAUGGAAGAAUCUCAGCAUCAUUGAUUUGUCCAACAAUGCAUUCAAUGGGAGCAUCCCUCCCUCAAUAUCAAACAUGACGCAUCUAACAACAUUAAACCUCGCCAAUAACUCACUCUCUGGUGAGAUUCCAGACCUCCACCUUCCUAGUUUGCAGGACUUGGAUCUUUCGAACAACUUCCUCACAGGGAAUGUCCCUGAUUCCCUUCAAAGAUUUCCAAGUCGGGCAUUCUCCGGUAACAACCUUGUCCCCAAGAUUAAGAAUGCCGUUCCUCCAGUUCGUCCUGGACAGUCGCCCAAUGCAAAGCCAUCAAAGAAAGGUACAACAACAAUUGGUGAAGCAGCAAUUUUAGGCAUUAUAAUUGGAGGUUCUGCAAUGGGGUUAGCUAUAGCAGUCAUUUUGGUGGUUAUGUGCUGCUCAAACAGAAAAGUGAAAAACAAUGCCUCAUCGAAGCUGGACAAACAAGAUUUGUUUGUAAAGAAAAAGGGAUCUGAGACACAAAGCAACAAUCUCAAGUUUUUUCAAAGUCAGAGCCUUGAGUUUGACUUGGAGGACUUGUUGAGGGCGUCUUCCGAGGUGCUCGGGAAGGGGACGUCUGGGACGACAUAUAAGGCAACAUUAGAAGACGGGAAUGCUGUGGCAGUGAAGAGGUUGAAGGAAGUGAGUGUUUCAAAGAAAGAAUUUGAGCAGCAGAUGGAAGUGGUAGGGAGCAUUGAACAUGAGAAUGUGUGUGGUUUAAGGGCAUAUUAUUAUUCAAAGGAUGAGAAACUCAUGGUCUUCGACUUUUACCAACGUGGAAGUGUCUCUGCAAUGUUGCAUGUUGCAAGAGAGAAAGGGCAGUCUCCACUUGACUGGGAAACACGACUCCGUAUCGCCAUUGGCGCCGCCAGAGGAGUCGCUCGCAUCCAUUCACAAAACUGCGGCAAACUUCUUGUCCAUGGAAACAUCAAGGCAUCAAACGUAUUUCUAAACUCCCACGGCUACGGUUGCGUCUCCGACGCCGGUGUCGCUGCUCUCAUGAACCUCAUGACCCCACCAGCCACCAGAUCCGCCGGAUACCGUGCUCCCGAACUCAAGGACUCUCGCAAAGCAUCUCAAGCCUCUGAUACUUACAGCUUCGGCGUCGUGCUUCUCGAGCUCCUCACCGGAAAAUUUCCACUGCAUACGAAGGGAGGUAACGGUGGAGAUCAGAUAAUCCACCUGGUGCGGUGGGUGAACGCGGUUGUCCGAGAGGAGUGGACGGCGGAGGUGUUCGAUGUGGAGCUUUUGAGGUAUCCGAACAUAGAGGAGGAGAUGUUAGAGACGUUGCAAAUUGCGCUAUCUUGUGUAGGAAGAGUUCCGGAUGAUCGGCCGGCAAUGGCGGAUGUUGCGGCUCGUUUGGAGGGAGUUCGCCGGGUGAGCGUAGGAAGUUUACCACCGGUGCUGCCGCCGGCGUUGGAACGCGGAGCGGAGGAGUUGAUCCAAAUUCAGGUGAACGUGGGUGAGGGUGAGGGUGAGGGUGGAGUUCCGUCGAGAUCGAAUUGAGGAAUCCGGUUUUGGUUGAAAGAUCAUUGGAAUUUGUAAUUGAGCUGUUGGAAACAGCUCUUCAAAAUUGGCUCAUUUAAUUUGUAAUUGGUUCGUUCGGGUUUUGGUUUUGUUCUUGCUUCCUCCUUUUUGUUUAUAAUAAUAAUAAAUCAGUAGUACCUUUAAUUCAAAA